UCUUAUAAAUGAAAACUCUUGUUCCCAUCACAAGAAAACCAAACCAGACGCGGAAUUAUUGAACAACUGGAGUUACCACUAAACUUAUUCAAACGGAUUUGACAUGGAGACGGUUGAAGUCAUCAAUAAUCAGAAUGUGGUUGAGAGGUUGGUGAGGCUACCGUUGGUGAGCUCCACCUAUGACAUGGUGUCCAGCGCUUACUGCACCAACAAGGACAACCACCCGUACCUCAAGUCUGUGUGUGAAGUAGCCGAGCAUGGGGUCAGGACCAUCACCACGGCGACCCUCAACGGUGCCGCACCCAUCCUCGGCAAGCUGGAGCCACAAAUUGCCUUGGCCAAUGACCUGGCCUGUAAAGGUCUGGACAAGAUUGAGAAGACCUUGCCCAUCUUGCAUCAGCCGUCGGAGCAGAUUGUCGCCAAUGCCAAAGACGCGGUGACGGGUGUCAAAGACGUGAUGUCCGUCACAGUGACGGGCGCCAAGGACAACGUGUCGCACACCUUGACCAGCGCGGUGGAGCGGACCAAGGGUGUCGUGCAGGACGGCGUGGAAAUGACCCGGGCCGCGGUCCAGGAUGGCAUUCAGAUGACCCGGGCCGCGGUCAGUGGUGGCGUGAACACGGUGAUGGAGAGCCGCGUGGCUCAGCUGGUCAGCAGCGGAAUGGACACCGCCCUCACCACUUCGGAGAGCCUGCUGGACCAGUACCUACCUGGCACAGAGGAUGAGCUGGAAAUGGAGGCUGAAACGGUGAAAGGAUUCGACGCAGCAAAGAAUGCCCCCAGUUACUAUGUGCGCCUGGGCUCCCUGUCUGUCAAGUUGCGUAAGAGGGCUUACCACAGGGCCUUGGCCCAGGUCAAGGAGGCCAAGCAGCGCAGCCAGGAGUCCAUCUCACAACUCAACCACACUGUUGAACUGAUUGAAUAUGGCAAAAUGAAUAUUGAAGGAGCAAACCAGAAGCUGAGAAGCAAACUGAGCUCCCUGAUGGAGUGGAAGUCUACUGAGGAAGAAGGAAGCAACGAGGCUGAGAACAUUGAGUCCAGGACCCUGGCAAUGGCGCGUUCCCUUACCCAGCAACUGCAGACGACGUGCCUGGGUCUGGUGUCUGGCCUGCAGGGCCUUCCCCAGAACAUCCAGGAAGAGGCCCAGUCCCUCAGCCGCCUGGCCUCCCAGGUCUACUCCAGCUUCAGCAAGGCGGCGGCGUUCGGGGACCUGUCGGACGGCGUGCUGGCCAGCAGCAAGGCCCAGCUGGGCAAGAUGAAGGAGUCCCUGGACGACGUCAUGGACUACCUCGUCAACAACACGCCCCUUAACUGGCUGGUGGGCCCCUUUUACCCCCAGCUGACCCCGCCCCCUACGGCCCCACCCUCCGCCAACACCUCAACCCCCCCCACUUCCCAGAACACAACGACCCGUUCAGAUCUGGAGAUGACAUCGAUGAGCUGUAAGCACUAGCUGCCUGUUCAUCGCCCCUCCGUCACAUCCCAUAAUCCCCCCGUUACACAGAAGAGCCUGCGGUUUUUCAGAAUGUGGAUUUGACACGCUGUUGGGCACCAUAAUCUAAAUGCUGACUGUGAAAGUUGCUCAAUAACCUCUAAUAUACAAAUUCCUUUUCUUAAUCAUCACCAAGCCUUUUAAUAUUGCUGUUUUUUUAACAUUGCUUAAUAUCCUGUUAUAACCACUUGUAAUGUUGACAAAGUCUCAUGUUAAUGCGUUAUGAUAUACCCACCAUCAUUUUACAACCUUUAAAUAAACAGGUUUAUAUUUAAA